CGCCGCCGAUCUGGCCGGAUCGCGCCCCGGAUCGGCCGCCGCGCGCGCGCAGGUUAAGGGCAACCAGACAGGGCUGUUUCUUGGCUAGACAUCAUCUGAACCAUCUCCAAGUGCCAAAGAUGGAUCAUACUCAACCCAGGGAUGGGCAUGGCAAUGAACCUGUGCCUUUAGGUCAGAUGCUUUUUGAGCAUUCGGGUAGUGAUGCGCCCCUUAGACUUGGUCCUCCAGGCUUUGGGAGUAUGGCAAGUAGAUCGAAUGACGUUCCAUCUUCAAGUCAUGCUACACAGUUUCCAGGUCAUAGAGUUUUGAACGUAGGGACCUCACAUGUUUCCUUUGUUCCCUAUCGCACUGCAAUAUCCAGCAGCCAUGUACCAUAUGAUGCUCAGCCGAAACCUGCCCUAAGUUCCCAUGUGGACAACAGAAUGGUUGCAAUGAAGCGAAAGAGCCUCCUUCCUUCAGUGGAGGGAAUGGACGCUGUUGACUAUUAUGUCGGCAGCUCCUCCAACAGUCACUUCUCUGAUUUUGUGCAGCCAAAUCCUAGUGCACUUACCGAGCCCUUGCAUCCGCAAAUGCCUUUAAACAUUGGUCCAAGCAACUGGAUUGACCAACGCUUAGUUAAUCAAGAAGGAUCUCAGAGGAAUGUCAGAGCGCGCCAUGAUAGUGCUAAUAUUUCAUUGGAACCUAGGCCAGCUUCAACUUACACACCAAGUAACAAUCAUCAGCUGCCGUUCCAUUCAACCACAAGUGCUUUUGCAAGUACGUCAGCAGGAAGGAACCAAGCACCUUUUCCUGUGCCAACAAGAACAUUACCUUCAGGUGGCACUGGGAUCACUGAUAGGAUCUACCAUCAUCCUAUGCAUAGCAGCAGCUCAAGUGUUGCUGCUGCCCCAACUGUCCAUGGUUCUUCAGACAGUGCGAUGUUUGCCAAUGCUGGCUUUCCUGCUCCUAGAGCUGUUCAUGGCUCAAGUGCUGCUGCUGCCCCAACUGUCCAUGGAUCUUCAGACAGUGCGGUAUUUGCUAAUGGUGGCUUUACUGCUCCUAGAGCUGUUCAUGGUGGCGCCGUUCCUAGCUACGGCCAUCCAUCCUACACAGUUUCCUCUGGCUCAAGAGCAAUUUCGCAUGAUGCAGUCAUUCCGAGCUAUCCAGCUGCUACCUCUACAUCCAUGAGGAUCAUCAAUCUGCCAUCUCCUAUCAGUAACGCUGCAUCUUCUAGGCAUGCAAGGGUAUCCAUGGUGCAUGCCAACAGUGGAAGGAAUAGAUUUGUAGAUAGGAGCUCAUUCCAUUUGAUUGCUGAGACACAGCGGGUUAUGAUGGAGCAGUUGGCUUUCUAUCAACAAUCAAGACAAGCAGCUGCUGACCCCCACAGGGACUUGAGACUGAACAUUGAUGAGAUGAGUUACGAGGAACUGUUGGCCUUGGAGGAAUCCAUAGGUACUGUGAACACCGGCCUUGCCGACGAAAAGAUUUCAGGUUGUGUGAAAGAAGUGGUCUGUUGCAGUUCGGAUGAGGCACAAGACGACGAAGAUGAUGGGCGCUGUCUAGUCUGCCUGGAGGAGUACAAAGACAAUGAACUCCUGGGAAUUCUGAAGUGCAGGCACGACUUCCACACUGACUGCAUCAAGAAGUGGUUGCAGGUGAAGAACGCAUGCCCGGUGUGCAAAUCCGCCGCGGCUUAGGGUAGGAGAGGAAGCAGAAUAACCGAUGUUCCUCUCCAUUGAUUCUAGAUUGAGAUUGAGUUAUGCCGGUCGCCCGUCCAUUCUUUGGUGCCUGAGAGCCAUGGAAAUAAGUGCGCUAGGACGACUUGUUUCGUGGGUUUGCUGUAGUUGUGUUAUCAUGUCUUGCUGUAAAAACUUUCAUUCAACAAGCAAUUGGUAGAGAUAUUCUCCAGCCAUUUAUUUAUCA